AUGUUUUCCUUGACCGACUUGAUCGAAGCCGUUAUCCCAGCUGCCUACGCUGAAGAACCUGUUGAAGAGGUUGAAGAAAUUGAAGAAGUCGAAGAAGUCGAAGAGGAGGAAGAGGAGGAAGAGGACGAUGACGAUGAAGAAAAGGACCCAAUGGAUGUCUUGAGAGACGAAUGCUCCAAGACCGCGGCAUGCAAGCCAUAUGUCCACCACUACCACGAGUGCAUCGAGAGGGUCACCGCCGAACAGCAAGAAGAAGGUUACGAGGACAAGCACCACAAGGAAGACUGUGUCGAAGAGUUUUUCCAUUUGCAGCACUGUCUUAACGACUGUCUCACUCCAAGAUUGUUUUCCAAGUUGAAGUAA